AUGAGAAAGAAAGGUCAAAGAAAAGUUGGGAAAAAACCUUUUAAAAGGAUGAGAAAAUCAUCAUUUAAUAAAAUUCAAAAGAAAUUUGAUGUAUUCCAUGAAGAAAUUGAUCAUUUUAAUAAUUAUGAGAGUCUGACUUUGGAUAUAAGUGACCCAGAAAUUGUUUCAGUUUCAGAUAAUGAAUCAUCUGACGAUGAACCAAUUUAUAAAGUCGAUGUAGAUAAGACAAAUCAUAAAAGUAUACCUGAAGUUGUUGAUCACAGAGAGAAUAAAAUAAACAAAAAUGGUGAUGGGAUUAAAGAGGAUCAUUUAGGAUUAAAUAAUGAUUUUAUUCCAUUUUCUGAGAGUGAUAGUGAAGAAUAUGAAAAUAAUGAAAAUGAUAAUAAUGAAUUAGAGAUUCUUUCAGUGUCUCAUAAACAGAUAUCUAUUAAGCAUGAAACCUAUUCAAGGAGGACCACAAAUGAAGAAUUUCCUUGGUUGUUAAAUCAUGAUCAUUCUAGACAGAGAGAUAUAUCAAAAUGGAUAACUUUAGAAAUGAAAGAUUUUAUUUCCUAUAUUUCCCCAAGCAGGGAAGAAAUUGAGAUCCGUAAUAAAACUAUUCAGAAAUUACGUAAAGUUGUUAGAAGAUUAUGGCCGGAUUCAACACUACAUGUAUUCGGAUCCUAUGCAACAGAUUUAUAUUUACCAGGGUCAGAUAUUGAUUGUGUGAUUACUAGCAAGACAGGGAACAAAGAACAUAGGAGCUAUCUAUACGAACUGGCUAGAUAUUUGAAAAGCAAUGGAAUAGGGAAACAGAUUGAAGUUAUUGCUAAAGCUAGAGUACCGAUUAUAAAAUUUGUAGAUGUCGACUCUGAUUUACACAUUGAUGUUUCCUUUGAAAGAUUAAAUGGUAUUGAAAUUGCUAAAAUAAUACGAACUUGGCUACAUGAGACACCGGGUCUUAGAGAACUGGUAUUAGUGAUUAAACAAUUUUUAAAAUCAAGGAGAUUAAAUGAAGUUCAUACCGGAGGACUUGGUGGUCUGAGUAUUGUAUGUUUAGUAUAUUCUUUCCUUCAUCUCCACCCCAGAUUACGUACUGAAGAUAUUGAUGCCCGUGAGAACCUUGGUGUAUUAUUAAUGGAUUUUUUUGAAUUAUAUGGGAAAAACUUUUCCUAUGAGAAGGUUGCAUUAUCUUUUCAGGACGAUAUUCCAACUUAUAUUCCAAAAUCACAUUGGCGAGCGCUACCUCCCAGUAGAAGUUCAUUAACGUUAGCAAUUCAAGAUCCACUUGACGUGUCAAACAAUAUCAGUAGGUCUUCUUACAAUGUUAGUGGUAUUAAGAAAGCUUUUUCAGGCGCCUUUAAUAUUAUAUCAAAUAAAUGUUAUGAAUUGAAUCAAGCAACUUUCAAAGAUCGUGUUGGUAAGAGCAUUCUGGGGAAUAUUAUCAAAUAUAAAGGAGAUGCCAGACAUUUCAAAGAUGAAAGAGAGUUAGUCGAAAAUAGGGCCAUUGUUGAAAAUGAAGUGUACCACAUGAAACGCAGCCGGUCUGUACUAGAUUUAGAAAAGAAUGAAGAUAUGUUUUUAAACCCUAGUGAUGACGAACUCUUGACUGGAGGCCAGGAUGAAUUGAGCAUAUACAGGGUCUCUGAACCAGCUAAGAAGAAACAAAGGAGGAAUGUGACAGAGAUAGCUGACAUACCGAAGAAGAAAAAGAAAAAGAUAAAGAAGAAGCCUGAAAAUAUUACAAAAUUAAUUCCUAAAGGAGCUCCAUCAAAGAAAAUUGAUGAAUUAAUGGGUAUUGAAGACGACGAUGACAUUAAUGACAACGACACAAUAAUGAUCAAGGAAAAUGACGAUUCAGCAAACCCUCCAAGGGAGUCUACUUUACAGAGUACCAGAGUUGAUGCCCAAACAAGAAGAGAUUACUGGCUCUCGAAAGGUCAGACUUUGGCAAGUGUCAGUAUUUCCAAAAAGAAUACAUAG